UGGCCAGCUGACCUUUUGAUUUGAUGGUCAAUGCAAGAAAAACAUUUUUUUUUUCUUGGUAGAUACAUAAGCCCUUUCUCUUUCUCCGACAUACAACCAACUAAUGAACAAAGAUCAACAGAAUCAAGCCCCUCGAGGCCUUCUGGCCAUGUUUGGUGGCUCGAUCCCGAAAAAGCUAGAGUCUACAAUAACAAAAACGUCAACGAUCAAUGGCGAUGGCAACAAAAAGACCGAGAUCAGUACCGGAGGCGGCGCAAUGAAACGAUCGUCCACACGAAAAGAAAGACGAUCAUUGGCUGCGAAAGCACAACAGCCUGGACGGACCGUUACUGUUUCAACGAGCCCUGCCGAGAUCAAGCAGCAGGCUAGCUCUAUAAUGAAUGACGACGACGAUGUCACCAUGGGUGGCACUGGAAAGAAGAAACAGAAAAAGCGCUUCUCGCCGUAUAAUAGCAGGCAGAGAGCACAGCACGUUCAGAUAAAGCAGUCAAAUAAGCCAAUUGAGAAAAUUGACAUUUUGGUUGCCGGAUUCGUUCCGGGCUCAGAAAACAACGUUGUCCCUUAUCUUCAGCAGAAAUCCAAGAAGGAAUGGCUACCGUUAGAUGUCCAGUUUGAUCAGGGACAGAUGUUGCUCAGUGUGGAUGGCCCUGUGAUCGCACAUGCCAUCACCCGCUUGAACGGAUACAUUUUUGGCACACAACCGCUGCAAAUCCGUCUUUUCAAUCAAACAUCCGAUGUCUUUGGCAACGCAGCAGCCAAAGCAAAUACACCAAAGACAACCACCACAAUUGAUACCUUGCGUGAAUUUUUACGCUCCCGGUGGAAUGCCGAAGGAAACUACUUGAACUUGGACGAUAUGGCCUCAGAUCCUACUCUGAAAAAGGCACAGAUACGACCUCCCGGCGCCAAUAACGCAUCUGCUACCGUGGGUCCUGCAUUGAUGAAAUUAGCAGGAGAAAUGUUUGAAAACGUCGUAUCUAUUUCGUUUGCCAAAAACCGGUUUCGAAAUGUCCAGCAGAUUUCGACCUUAACGCAGUUUCUUCCAAGUAUCCAGAACCUGUCGCUCGAGGAUAAUGUGAUUACGUCGUUUUCCGGUUUGGAUGCUAUAUGUGGGGCAGGCAAACUCAAGCAUCUGCGAGAAAUCAUUCUGCGUGGCAAUCCGGUUCGGGAGUCGGAAUAUAAGCAACGUGGCGAUGGCCGUGGCUACAUAAGAAAUGCCGUAAAGCAGUUCCCAUCCUUGGUGUUACUGGACGGGGUACCGAUUUCGCUGUCUGACGAAGAAAGAGAAUUGAUCCAAAAGACACGUAGAGUGCUUCCUCUUGCAUCGAUCCCAUACUUUUUUGACAACCAAGACAGCCAAAAAGCUGCCUACGAUUUCUUGACGCGGUUUCUGCAGUUGUUUGACACAGACCGGGCGGCGCUCGUGGCGAUCUAUGACCAAGCGGCCACGUUCUCGGUCAGCACAUUAUUAAAACUGCGCAGUGUGAAGAAGGCCCGAGGGCGCCAAAAGCAGCGGCAGAUGGAAGACGACGAUGCCAAAAUUAGUUGGACUGACGUGAACAGGAAUCUAGCGAAAAAAUCGAAGGGUUCCACGAAGCACUUGUAUUCUGGGCCUGAAAUGAUCGGCACGGUGCUGCAAAAGCUACCAACGACCAUCCACGAUCUGUCUCAGCCAAAGGACUUUGUGGUGGAUGCGUUCCAGCAGCGUCUGGGGCAGCAUGGGGUGCUACAGGUGGCGUUGUAUGGAGAAUUCAAAGAAGGUACCAGCAAGAGCAAGGGGAAGGAAGGGAUCAGGAAGCGAUUUUCCAUAAUGUCAUUUCUGACACGCGCUAUUAUAUAUUUUUGUGUAGCCGACAAUCCGUUGCCGUACUCGUUCGACCGCACAUUCCUCCUCCUGCCAGCAUUGCCAGGGUCACCUGCAGCAGCGGUUGGAAGUCCCUAUACCGUGCUGUCGGAUAUGCUGUAUGUGCGCGACUACUGCUCAAUAGCUAGCCGGAUGGGAUCAGAAUAAGCAUUUCUUCAUUUAAAGAUGCAUAUCGCGCAUUGCUGCAAUUAGAAUAGCCUAUUUCCCCCUUGUGCGAUGUGAUAUGUUCUGUGUUGCGGCGAACCAAAAAAGAAAGUUUAUCAGCCGUUUGUCAACAAUGUAAUAAAAGCAGUAAUAAUAGCAAUAGCAA